AUGCAUCAAGCCGUCGCCUUAUUGGUUGCGAUCUUUGCGAUCAUUAGUGUGGUCAUUGCAGAACCCUUGCUUCCAAAUGGCUACUACCGUAUUUACAAGGGAAACCACCGCGUGCCCUCCAAGCACCGUUACUUCACUGCUUAUCCAGAUGACAGGACUGGCUCUGUGAAGAUUGAGCUCAAAAAUGAAGAUGAACUUCAAGUAUGGCGACUCCGCAAUCAUGACAACGGCAAAGUGUCCCUUGAAGUCUACGAUGAAGAUGCAGAUGAGAGCAAAUACCUUUCGGAAGGAAGAUUUGGAGCCCUUCCAGGAGCAUAUCUAGGUGUUACUGAAAAGCGCCAAAAAUGGUUCAUUACCAGGGUUGGGAGAGGUGCUUACACAAGAUACGCACUCACUCACCCGAGGAAGUUCAAUAACCAAACGCUUAUCGUGAGUGAAAGCAACACCUAUGACGAUGACAUUAAUAAACCGAACCGGGUUUCCUUUAGAUAUGAAGGCCAAGAAGGUUACACUCAUGCCUGGAUGUUUUGGAGAGUCUACCCUGAUGGCGACAACGGAGACGAUAAGCACGAAGGCGACAACACUUUAAUGAUGCCAUUCAGAGUUUGCUAUGUCGAACUUUUGCCUCCAGUCAAGAUUUAUUUUGCCUUGAAGCUUGGAGCUAUCACUAUAACUAGUCAGGUCGAGUAG